AUGGGCUUGCUAUCGCUAGGCACGCCGCUAGACUGGCACAAGGCUCGUCAACUCGGCGAGCAUGUACGCAAGCAUGGCAUUGAGCAGUUCCUAGCGGUUUGGCGCGAGCUGCGUGGCAGGCAUGGCGACGAGCUGCUUUGGGGCGACGAGUUGGAAUACAUGGUCGUCAAGUUCCAUGAUGAGGCCAAGUCUGCGCAUGUCUCGCUGCGGCAAGGUGAGAUUCUUCAGAAACUGUCGCAAUGCGAUCAAUCGGAGCUGCAAGGCUCCAAGUGCACAGUCAUGCCGACGUUCCACCCAGAGUUUGGGCGGUACAUGAUUGAGAGCACGCCAGGUGCGCCGUUUACCGUCGCUGCCUCGGAUCUGUUGCGUGUCGAAAGUGAUAUGCGUUUGCGGCGCCAGAUUGCGCGGCGCCAUCUUAAUGCCGACGAGGUGCCGAUGACCAUUGGCUCGUUCCCGCGUUUGGGUGUGACCGAUGCGCCCUUUACCGACCCACCGUACGAGGCGAAGGGCGAGGCGAGUCAUUCUAUGUUUCUCCCUGACGAGAUCAUUAAUACACAUGUCCGAUUCCCGACGCUCGCGGCGAACAUCCGGCAACGGCGUGGGUCGAAAGUGCGCAUCAAUGUCCCGCUGUUCAAAGAUACACAAACGCCUUCGCCGUUCAUUGAUCCGACAAUUCCAUGGGACCGGCGCCUGUUCCCGGAAGAUGUAGAAGCGAAACUUGGCGCGGCGUACCCAGACCACAUCUAUAUGGACGCUAUGGGCUUCGGCAUGGGCUGCUGCUGCCUCCAAGUGACUUUCCAACUUCCGUCGAUUGACGAGGCCAGGCGUAUGUACGAUCAGCUGGUCCCCUUCACGCCCCUGCUGCUGGCCGCUACGGCCUCGACUCCUGUUUUCCGCGGGUACUUGGCGGAUGUGGACGCGCGGUGGAACAUUAUCAGCGCCUCGGUCGAUGAUCGUACACCGGCUGAGCGUGGCGAAGCGCCUCUGAAGCCCAACGAGCCUACGCACAACUCUGACUUGCCUGUCCGCCGCAUCCGAAAGAGCCGCUAUGAUUCCGUGGACUCGUACCUCUUUGAUGAGCAUGAUCGGCCCAGCGCACGGGCCUACAAUGACUUGGACCUCGAACGCAAUGCCCAGGUUGAGCAGCAUUUGCAGGCGGAAGGGGUGGAUCCAUUGCUUGCCGAGCAUCUUGCGCACUUGUUCAUUCGGGAUCCCAUUGUGAUUUUCUCGGAGAACAUUGAUCUAGACAAUGCGACGUCCGUGGACCACUUUGAAAACUUGCAGUCGACCAACUGGCAGACGAUGCGAUUCAAGCCGCCGCCGCAUGGUGGGCAUAUUGGCUGGCGCGUGGAGUUCCGUCCGAUGGAAAUCCAGGUAACAGACUAUGAGAAUGCGGCGUUCACCGUGUUCCUUGUGCUGCUUACGCGUGUCCUUACAUCGUGCCCUGUCAACUUUUACAUGCCCCUCUCGCUGGUGGACGAGAACAUGCAACGGGCGCAAAAGCGCGAUGCUAUACACACGCAGCGCUUCCAUUUCCGACGCAACACACAGGCCGAGCCACGUCGUACCACCGCGCGAAGUGAGGAGGCCGACGCCUCCCUCUCCAGCUCGGUCAUGACGCUCGGUGAGGCGGAUACGGCCGAGUACACUCUGGCCGAGCUGUUCCACGGCACGGAUACCAUGCCGGGCUUCUUGCCGCUGAUCCACAACUACCUCGAUACACUCUCUCUCGACGCAUCGACCCGCACGCAGCUUAACGACUACUUAGACCUGGUCGCGGCGCGUGUCGAUGGGCGACUCUUGACGGCCGCCUCGUACAUCCGACAGUUUGUACAGUCCCAUCCAUCGUACCGCCACGACUCCGUGGUCAGCGACGAAAUCAAUUACGACUUGCUGCGUACGCUGGACAAAAUUGAGCGGGGCGAGCUGGAUGCACCUGGCUUCCUCCCUGCUUCGUAUGCUGCGCGACGUCGCGCAGCGGGUAUCUAA